AUACGAUUGGGCAGUCAGAACAGCUGUUGUACUGCCACAUUCUGCGGUGUUUAUAAUCGGCUCUGGAAUAUUAUAAUUUAUUUGAUAAAAAAAAACAAGAGGAAUGGAUCGUUGGAUACAUCAAAGUCUGUCUGGACUCCUGGACUAUCCCGUCAGCGAGGAGAUGAUUCAGUACAUGAUGACAAUAGAGAACGAGAGGGACCUGGACGACUUCUUCAAGAACUUCUUGGAUCUCAAUAACUCGAAACACAAAAAUUUCAUUUUUGAACUGAAAAGGAAGAAAGCUCAAGAGAAUAAAUUCACAGGGUAUAGAAAAUCUAGUGACAUUGACAGCUGCUCCCAAAAAUCAAAAGACAAGAAAAAAUUGAAGUCGAAGGAGAAGGAAGUGGUGGAGGUACCUGAGACCUCGAAAUCGGAGAGGCCAGACAAGAAGAAGAAGUUCGUAAAUUUAUAUUCAGUCAAGGGUAACAAUAUUGCGGUUUUUUUAAAAGGUCGAGUGAAGUGUGAUUGCGAAGCAAAAACCCACAAACUCAUCAACAAUUGCUUGACAUGUGGGAGAAUAGUAUGCGAACAGGAGGGGGCGGGUCCCUGUUUUUUCUGUGGUGAAUUGGUGUGCACUCCGAAUCAACAGAAUGUCUUGUCAACGAAUUCCAAAAAUUCAGACAAUCUUUACAAUAAAUUAAUGGAGCAGAAACCGAGUAAAGCAGCCCUGAAGCAGAGAGAUAAACUCCUGGAGUUCGACAGGAACAGCGCGAAGAGAACUCGGGUAAUCGAUGAUGAGUCUGAUUAUUAUCAGUCCAGCAAUAGUGUAUGGUUGUCCAAGGAGGAGAGGGCGGAGAUGGAGAGGCGAGAGGCUGAGAUGAAAGAGAGAAAAUACGGAUCGAGAUUGGAGAAGAAAUUUACUGUUGAUAUUUUUGGGAGACAAGUCGUCGAGGAAGAGGAUGACUCCGAGGAAAUCUUCAAGAGACAGCUGGAGGCCCUGGAGACAAGUGGAGGAAUCGCCGAGAGAGCGCUGGAUCUGAUUUGUCCGACAUUCCAAUUUGAUCGACCAGUGUAUAUGGAAGGGGAUUUAUCUGUGAAUAUUCCCUUGAAUAAAAAUGAACCGAUGAUUCAUCGGGUCCAGGAUAAGCAGCUGCUGGAGAUGGUCGACGAAGGCCUCUGUCUGUCGAUGCAUCAACCUUACGCAUCGCUCUUGAUCUCUAGGAUAAAAAAACACGAAGGAAGGACAUGGUAUUCCUCACAUCGAGGGAGAUUAUGGAUUCAUGCCGCCUCCAAGACACCCUCCACCGAAGAAGUAUCAAGCCUUGAGCAUCGAUACAGAGUUCUCGUCAACCAGAAUAUCAAAUUUCCUAAGGAGUAUCCCACGAAAGUUCUUCUCGGUUAUGUUACGGUAGUUGAUGUUCUCCCUCAGGACGAGUAUCGGAAAAUUUAUCCUGAGGGGGAGUCAGACAGCCCUUACGUUUUUAUUUGUGAUGAUUUUUAUGAAUUGCCCAUUAAAUUUCCAAUGCCCGGCAAAAUGAAAAUUUAUAAAUUGGAUAAGAAAAUUCAUCAGGCAGCUCUCAAGUGCGCCGAACGUUUUUCCAAGGUAAAUAAAGAAUAAUUACUUCAUAGUGCAUGAGAAAAAUUGCGGGAGCAUUGGAUUUUCAAUUUGAAAUUAAUG